UGUGUAGGGGAGGAGUGUCAGGUUCUCAGUAGUCAGAUGUGUGUAGGGGAGGAGUGUCAGCCGCACAUGUGGUAGAUGUGAUGUGAAGUAAUGAGGAUCAGGUCGUUGGGAUAUUUGGAUGGGUCAUGAACGAUAACCCUCUCAUCACUUUAGAGACUGCAUUUGUUCUGAGACGGACGGCCGCGUAAAUCCCCAGACUUUCAAGAAGCCGUAGCGCUGCCAUCAUGGGCGAAUGGAGUUUCCUCAGUGGACUCUUUGACAACCUCCAAGCCCACUCGCCGAUGCUUGGUCGUUUUUGGCUCUUACUCAUGCUUGUCUUUAGGAUCCUGAUCCUGGGAACUGUAGCCAGUGACCUGUUUGACGAUGAGCAAGAGGAGUUUGCCUGCAACACCCUCCAGCCGGGCUGCAAACAGGUCUGCUACGACGAGGCUUUCCCCAUCUCCCAGUACAGAUUCUGGGUGUUUCACAUCGUACUCAUCGCCACACCUUCUCUGGUUUUCCUCAUGUAUGUCAUGCAUCACCACAACAAGAGGACCGGCCAAAUGAGCAGCCACGACUACAGAGAUGACCUCAGAUUAAGGAGGCUUUACAUGAUCAACGUGGCCUUCCGCAUAUUGGCAGAAAUUGGCUUUCUAGUGGGCCAGUGGAUGCUGUACGGCUUCAAGGUGGAGGCCCAGUUCCCCUGUAAACGCUUUCCGUGCCCCUACACGGUGGACUGCUUCACCUCCCGCCCUUCAGAGAAGACCGUCUUCCUCUGCUUCUACUUCAUCGUAGGGGUGGUGUCCGCGAUUUCCAGCGGUGCAGAGCUUUUCUACGGCUCCAUAAAGUGGUUCUGCUGCCCAAGCCAGCAGCCCUUCAAAGCGGAGCCCACCUACGUCUGCCAGAACCUCGACAACAUCAAGAAAGAGGAGGCGGAGGCAGAGCAGGAACCAAGAGGAAGGACAGUGUCAGAGAGCGUGCUCGGCAGCGUGAGGUUGAAGGGAGGAUCAGUGAGGAGCAGCGCGAGUAGGAAGGCAUCCAGCAUCGGCCACAAGCACAGGGGCGGCAGAUAUGCGAGCACCAGGGCAUUCGUGGUGUGA